AUGGCCGAGGAAAUCGAGAAGGUUCAGCAGUCUCAUGGCGAGUCCCUCGACCAAGACAUUGUUACGGGCAAGAUGUCCAAAUCUGGUGUCGUCUUACGUCCUCAGCCGACGAAUGACCCAAAUGAGCCAUUGAAUUGGCCGCAACGGGAGAAGUAUGCGACAUAUCUCGUCCUCUGCUGGUUUACCUUCCUGGCGUUCACGAACUCUUCUGCAUUCACAGUUGCCGUCGAGUCAAUUGUCAAGGAAUUUGACAAGACGCGGACAGAAGCAAGUUACUUGACAUCGCUGCAGGUACUUGCGAUGGGCUUCGGUGCUGCGUUUUGGAUGCCAAUAGCCAGAAAAAUUGGCAAACGUCCCGUAUACCUUCUGUCAAUUCUCUUUCUUUGCUUCACCAACAUCUGGAGCUACUAUUCCAGAUCAUACGGUAAUCUCCUGGCAUCAAGAAUAGUCGGAGGCUUCUUGACCGCUGCUUCAGACGCCCCUGUGUCUAGCGUAGCGGCGGACCUUUUUUAUUUUCACGAGCGGGGCCAUACCUUGAUGAUUUUCAAUAUUGCUAUAUCGUCAGGCGCCUUUUUCGGGCCCUUCAUUAACGCCUACAUCACCCAGUAUUUGGGCUGGCCCUGGAUGUGUGGUGUCAUGGCCAUCGCUUCGGGGGCAACCUUCAUUCCCGCAGUUCUACUUGUCAAAGAGACGGCUUAUAUUGUUCCUUUUGGUGUUCGAGAUCUCGAUCAAUCCGCUGAGACGUAUGCACCAAAGAGAAGCUGGGUUGCUUCAAUGUCCCUAACAGCCGGCAUCAAUCGGGACGCAUCAUUCUUAAAAUGGGUGUUUGAGACCGCACAGCUCUUUGCUUAUCCUCCUAUCUGGUUCAGCGGACUGACCGUGGGACUGUUUAUCGGGUGCAAUAUUGCGAUCCAGCUCACAUCUUCCCAAACCUUCACGGCUGCACCCUACUCCUGGCAACUGCAUGAAGUUGGACUGCUUUCCCUCUCGGGCUUUGUGGGUUCUCUGCUCAGCUUCUUCUUUGGUGGUUGGCUCAUUGACUGGAUCGCCACUACCAAGCGCCAUGGCGAGCCUGUAGAGCCGGAGCAUAGACUUCCAGCAAUGAUUAUACCAGCUGUAAUUGGACCGAUGGGUUUGUUGACCUUCGGACUCGUGAUUGCGACGGGGAAAUCUUGGGCUGGUGCCGCCGUCGGAUAUGGCAUGCAAGGAUUCGGCGCGACGGCUGCUGCGAAUAUCGCCGUCACCUACGCAGUGGAUGCCUAUCGCAUGAUCGCUGGUGAAACUAUUGUUAUCGUAUUCGUUCUUCGAAACGUUAUUGUCUCCCUCAUCUCCACUUACAUUUCCAAAUGGUUCGAAAGCCAAGGGUUAAAGAAAGCCUACGGAGAGCUAGUCGGCGUGGCUUAUAUUAUUCUGUCGUUUACUUUGAUCAUGUAUUUUGUCGGCCACCGUCUUCGGCGAUUCACUCUGGCCUAUGGCCCCAUGACCAAGUAUACAGAGCGUUGA